UCAUUUGGAGUCCGAGCAGAAACGACAGCCCACGCAAUAAAGAAAAAACAAAAACGACAGCGCGUUUUGAUCUCCUCGUUUGCUUAAAACUGCAGAUCGAAGGCCAACAGCUACGUCAAUCAAACUCCGACAACGUACUCCUGCGAGACUGAAAAUUUUCAGGGAUACUCUUAUUUGACUGAAAUACUGCAAAAGUUUGAAUGUUUGAGCUUUGGGAUUGAAAAUGAUUUAUUUGUACUAUUGGGGUAGAGGCAGGUUUAGUUAAAAUCAAAAGAGUAGAUAUGGUAAAGGUUGUGGCUUUAGUCAUUUAAUGGGAAAAACUUGGUUGUCAUCAUAAUUGGGCUUGCUUUGAAACUAAUGAAGGUUCAUCACUCUAGUUUCGUGGAUGAGGAGGGAGUGAAAAAAGCUUGUGGCUGUCCUUUGCUUCCGUUGAAAAGUCAUAUAAAGGGUCCUGCUCCAGUUUCGGAUCAAGAUAGAACUGAUAUAGUUGAUGAAGCAAUCACGUUUUUUCGUGCCAAUGUUUUCUUUAGAAAAUUUAAUAUUCAGAGCCCAGCAGAUAAGCUCCUUAUUUACUUAACGUUCUACAUCAAUGUGGCUUUGAAGAGGCUUGAGGGUUGUAGAACUUUGGCUGAAGGUACCAAGGCAAUAAUUAACUUGGGUUUGGAGAAGGUUUCUGUGCCUGGAGAGUCUGGUUUUCCUUUCCCGGGUCUUUUUGCGGAUCCUCAAUCUCAGAAGGAAGCAGAGCUCUUCAGAAAGUAUCUUAAACAGACAAGGGAGGAAACAAGUGGGAGAUUACUGAGUGUCGCAUAUAGACCCAAUGGGACUCCAAACAAAUGGUGGUUGGCAUUUGCCAAGAGGAAAUUCAUGAAUAUCAUUGCUCUUUGAAUAUUUUGUUUAUAUAUUCAACCUAAGGUGACGAGUAGAAGCCUUAUAACAAGUUGUGAAUAUUCUUUGUUACCAAGCUAAAUAUGAAUGACAAUGCCUUCAAAACCGGCAGACAUGUUUUGGUGCUAAUGACUGAUAUUACAGUAUAUUUGUAAAAUGAAGUUGAAGUUUCUAUU